GUUCUUGACAGUUCUGUCUUAAUGAUUCUGGUAUUGAUGAAACAUUUUUAUAAAGGGUUGAAGUGUCUUCCUGAAUUGUCAGUAUAUUAAUGAAGCAUGCAGUCCUGUGUUGAACAAGACAAGUUGGGACAAGCCUUUGAAGAUGCUUUUGAGGUACUGAGGCAACAUUCAGCCGGAGAUCUUCAGUACUCCCCAGAUUACAAAAAUUACCUGGCUUUCAUCAACCACUGCUCUCAUGUCAGAGGAAAUUCCAGCUGCUAUGGUGUGCUGCCUACAGAGGAACCUGUCUAUAAUUGGAGAACAGUGAUAAACAGUGCUGCGGACCUCUAUUUUGAAGGAAAUAUUCAUCAAUCUCUGCCAAACAUCCCUGAAAACCAGCUGGUACAACCUGCUAUUCUCCAUCAAAAGGGAGGAAAAGGUAGGAAGAAGCUCCGACUGUUUGAAUACCUUCAUGAAUCCCUGUGUAAUCCUGAGAUGGCAUCUUGUAUUCAGUGGGUAGAUAAAACCAAAGGCAUCUUUCAGUUUGUAUCAAAAAACAAAGAAAAACUUGCCCAACUUUGGGGGAAAAGAAAAGGCAACCGGAAGACCAUGACUUACCAGAAAAUGGCCAGAGCACUGAGGAAUUAUGGAAGAACUGGGGAAAUCACCAAAAUCCGGAGAAAGUUAACUUACCAAUUCAGUGAGGCCAUUCUCCAAAGACUCUCUCCAUCUUAUUUCUUAGAAAAAGAGAUCUUCUACUCACCAUAUAUUCAACCUGAGCAAGGCUUUCUCAGCUUCAGUAACUGGAAUGCAAAUUAUAAUUGUCCAUAUGCUGAUUACCAUGAGCUAAGCCACCCUGAUUGCUAAAUAUUCUCUUAAAGUUCAUGAUCUCCUGGAAUCAGGAAUGCCUACCAAUUUCAGGAUUUUUCUCUUAAGGCAAAUGCUGGAGAGGGAAAAACAAUUAACUUCAUUGCUUCUAAUCUCUUCUUAAAUAGAUUAUAAUCUAUACAGAGUUGGUGGAAAAAUCCGCCAGUGAAGAACUUUUCAAUGAUCGAACCCCAAUUGAAAGUAUAGACUAAAUGUCCUUGCUCUUGUUAUUGCUUAUGCAAUACCUCUAGGUAAACAAUGCUGGUUGAGAUGAUUUGACCUGUAUCGAUUUAAACAUUGUUUUCCUGUCGUACACUCAAGCAAAAAGAAAGAAAAAUGACUAAUACAUCUGAUGGCUUUAGUGACAACAAAAUAAUUGCAUAUGAUAGUCUUCAUCGUAAAAUACAUUCAAGACUUUAAAAAGUAUAUUUUCUCUGCACUUCAGACCUCAGGGUCUGUAACCCUGUGGCGCUAAGGAAAUGACCUAAGGAAAAUGCCACCUACCGACCUUAAUGAUAAUGAACUCCAAAGCUUAUACUUCCCACAAAUCAAUUGCCAGCAUCUCUCCCCUAGGGUAGAUCCAGGGCCCAGCGUUUCUUGCCAUCCUGCCACUGAGCCACAAGGAGGUGCUCUUGCCUUGUUGUCUCUCGGGCCCAACUUUGAAAUGUGACUUCUCUUCCCUUGGACUACCCAGCUAAGACCAGGCUGGAACAAUUGGAAAAAAUUUUUUCUUCGAUAGGAUAGAGACUAGCAAAUAAAUCCAGAGAGGAACCAGGUCUUUGAAGGCUGUGGUUUAUUCUCAACAUUCCAUGAGGAAUUUCCUCCUUGCCGCAUCUGUAUUACCAUGACACAGGAGAGCUUCCCAGACUACAUGGGCCAUCUUCAGUCCAGGCCAAGAGCUUCCUGGAGCCUACCCUAUUUGAUUUGUACCAUUGACCUUUUUCUUUGUGUUCUGGUGCCCGCCAGCCCUCAGGGGCUCUUGAAAACAUGGCAGACUAAAUAAAGGUAAUGACACUGUCCAUCUGCACACGUA